CGAUGAGGUUAGGGAAUAACCAUGACCAGCCAACAUUCCUUAUAUAUGCCAUAGGAUUUCUAAUGUGAACUCCGCGCAAUCGUAGUCUAGCUGUAAAUGAUCAUGAUUUUAACCGUGGCUCACCAGCCCUGUCCUGUCUAUCUGGGAUUUAUGCGCUAUGCGCUAUCUUGCAAGUGUGCUGCAAACUGUGCAGGUAGAUCUUGCGGCCACAGUCUGUCGGCUCAGAAGCGCAAGACCGUUUCGCGACAAGAGAUGGCUCCUACGCGCCUAUACUGUUCCUCAACCUCAACAAUAAUGCUCACGACUUGAGGCCAGGCCAAACAUAAGCAGCUUCCUGCAACGCCGUCCAGCCAUCAUAUCACGCCCGCAAGGUUCCCUAUAUACUCCUCUGUAG